AUGAUGGAGGAGGGAGGUGCUGCCAUAGUAUUACAGGCUCACGCCCGCGGUGUGCUGGUCCGCCGGAGACUCCAGAGACUUCUACGGGACUAUGAGGAUGUGGUGAGAGACAUAGAGGGAGAGGACAUCUCUGUACACUGGGGGGCCCGGCUCCUUUCCCCGCCACUCUUCAACACUGAGGUUGAGCACAGAGAUACAGCUGGACUCAGAGCUCAUAAAAGGAAUGGUCAUAGUGGAGGCAGAUAUAUCCGAAACACAGACUCCAUCCUAUCAUGCAGUGAGGGAAAGGAAGCUGUACGAGACUUCGGACAUGAACCUUGUACCCUAGAGAAAGAUCACAACCAUUACCAACCAUCAGAGCCUGGAGAAGUGCUAGCAGAGGGCCAACUACAAGGAGCUGCCUCAGAAAGUGAGCACCUGUCUGGAAAAGAGACUCCGCUUCAGGAUGUCCCCACAAGAGAGCACCAAGUGUCAGAGACUACUGGCAGAAUGGUGGAGAACCCUCUGCUGGAGAGCCAUGCUUUACAGACUGGGAGCCCUGGGACAAGGAUUACAGAAGAGGGAGACACUUUGUCAGUUACGCAAGGACAGCCCUUCCCCCAUCAUUCCAACAUAACCAGUAACACAGAUCAAACGUAUGAGAGUUUAGAAUGGACAAGAAGCAGCUCUGUGUGGAGUGACAAGUCCAUGGAUGCAGAUCUCUCUUUGAAGAAUCCAAAUGAGCUGCAAAUGCUUAGGAGCCACUUGGCCAUGGAGAUUCUAUGGGUUCAGCAAGCAAUAGCCAGUAGAAAAAAU